AUGUCACCAAGUCUUACUAGCAUUUUGUUCUUUUUAGCUUCUCAAGCCACUUUGGCACUCUCCGCACCUCGACCUCUUAUUCCUCGACAAUCGGAUAACAAUGCAGUUCAAACCUAUACUUCUGCCAACGGAUAUUAUAUCGCCGGUAUAGGUGUGGAUAAACAAUGUCUUGCACCUGCAGAUUCACCCCCUGUCGCCAACUCUCAAAUUAUCAUGACAGAUUGUCAGAACGCUACUACCUGGAACAUCCCUCUUAACGAAUCGUAUGUAAUUCAUCCCGAUACUGGAUUGGUUUUCGACCUCGGACAAGCAGAUAACGGAGGUAACAUUACCCUUCAACAAGCGAGCGAUUCAGCAGCCCAGAUCUUCCAAUACAGUCCCGAUAAUCGACUAUCAUCAGUAAACCAUACCAAAUGUAUUGACCGAGGUCAAGAUGGACCUCAAGUAUGGGACUGUUACCCUCAAAAUACUAAUCAAGCUUGGGCGAUCCGUAAGACCGCUGAGCUUUCAGAUCUCAGUAGUGUCCCUCAUGCACCUGGCGAUAUCUCUCCUUCGGGAAAGAGCUCGAACGGUAAUACCUUGAAUUUUCUUCACCCUCAAAAUAGAACCGACAUUUGUGUAACGGCGAUCAAAAACUCGACCGGUGAGCUGCAAGAAGGUUUAGCUUUAACCUAUUGUUUUGGACUGGCCACCACAAACACACCUCAUGAACUCAUGGAAUGGGAGCUUCCCUAUGACAAGGAAGGUUUAGUUCGCCUUGGGCAAUCUGGCUACUGUCUCGAGGUUGGCGCCUACGAUAACAGCGCCUACAAAGUAGAGAAUGGUAUGGCAAUUCGAACUGUGACUUGCGAUGAGAACGCAGCUGGACAAAGAUGGUUCUACAAAAGUGGAGAAAGAUUGCUUCAAUCCUGGGUUUCAGGUUCAAAUCAAUGUUUGAAUUGGGCUGCCGAAGCCAGUGACGUGCAAAUGGAUAACUUCCUCAAUCUUCGUCCCGUGCAAGUAUGGGACUGCUCCAGUCCCGACGGUCAAUUCCAAUUCUCGGUCUAA